AUGCUGCUGCUGCUGCUGCUGCUGCAGCAACCAAGGCUAGGAUACCGCAGCAGGAAGCUGCUGCUGCUGCAGUUGCUGCUGCAGCUGUUGCUGCUGCUGCUGCUUCUGCUGUUCCUCGUAUGCUUUACACACCCUUAUCAACCUCAACAGCAACAGCAGCAACAGCAGCAACAGCAGCAACAGCAGCAGCAAAAAGCUGCUGCAGCAUCUGCUGCGGGAGGCCUCCAAAGAAGCCCACAGCAGCAGCAGCAGCAGCAGCAGCCACCACCACCACAGCAGCAGCAGCAGCAACAGCAGCAGCAGCAGCAGCAGCAGCAGCACAGCAGCAGCAGCAGCAGCAGCAGCAGCAGCAGCAGCAAAAAGCUGCUGCAGCAUCUGCUGCGGGAGGCCUCCAAAGAAGCCCACAGCAGCAGCAGCAGCAGCCACCACCACCACAGCAGCAACAGCAGCAGCAGCAGCAGCAGCAGCAGUGAGACAGCGAAGACAUCCCUCGUCUCAGGUGCCCCGAGCGUGUCUGCUUCCAGCAGCAGCAACCACUCCCACCCCCACCCCGACCCCCACAGCAGCAGCAGCAGCAGCAGCAGCAGCAGCAGCAGCAGCAGCAGCAGCAGCAGCAGCAGGAGCCCGCUGGAGCUGCUGCCCCCUGGUCUCCCCCCUAUUGAAAGGGCUAUAUGGAGAAGCACUAGUUUUUGCGGGUUUACAUAUUUUAUUUUUGGUCUUCUUCUUGCUGCUGCUUAUCCUGCUGUCUCCUCAGAUAACAUCCUGCAGGAGAUGCUGGCUUCCAGUGAUACGCCUGUCUUCGCCCAGGUCGCUAUUUUUGCAUUUGAUCUCUUCACUAUCCUACCGGGAGAGAAGCAAGUGGUGUUAUUCAGUCCGAAUCUUCGUCACAACGUCCAAGGAGAGCUCCGAGACCCCGACGCCAUACGCCUCUCGCUGCUGCAGUGGCUGCAGGCUACCUUCAAGGAUGAGGCGCCAUUCAGCCGUCUCUUUGGUGGUGUGCCUUCAUACCAUUCGGAGACAUCUCUGCAUACACCGGAGCAGCAGACGCUGCUGUCAGCAGAGCUGGGUGCUGCUCACGUUGCUGCUGCAGCUGCUGCAGCAGCAGCAGCAGCAGCAGCAAGCCACAGCCUGCAGCAGCAUCUGCUGCGGCAUGAUAGCCUAGGCCCUUUGUUUGCUUCUCCUGCUGCAGCAGAACAUGCAGGGUCUCCUUCUCUGUCUCCUCUUCAGCAGCAACUGCAGCAGCAACUGCAGCAGCAGCAGCAGCAGCAGCAGCAGCAACAGCAGCAGCAGCAGCACGGCUGGCGUAUCGUUCACCCCGAGCCCUCCUCAGCGUCAUCAGCACCAUCAGCAGCAUCCGCAUCCGCCUCAGCAUCCGCAGCAGCAGAAGCAGCAGCAGCAGCAGCAGCAGCAGCAGCAGCAGCAGCAGCAGCAGAUGAAGACACAGAACAAGAAGUAGCUGACCUAUCUACAGACCUCGACGAUGUUGCUGCUUCUCUGAAGCAGCAGCUGCAGCAGCAACUGCAGCAGCAGCAGCAGCAGCAGCAGCAGCAGCAGCAGCAGCAACAGCAGCAGCAUGGCUGGCGUAUCGUUCACCCCGAGCCCUCCUCAGCGUCAUCAGCACCAUCAGCAGCAUCCGCAUCCGCAUCCGCAUCCGCAGCAGCAGAAGCAGCAGCAGCAGCAGCAGCAGCAGCAGCAGCAGCAGCAGCAGAUGAAGACACAGAACAAGAAGUAGCUGACCUAUCUACAGACCUCGACGAUGUUGCUGCUUCUCUGAAGCCCCCCCAGCAGCAGCAGCAGCAGCAGCAGCAGCAGCAGCAGCAGCAGCAGCAGCAGCAGCAGGAGCUGCAGCAGCCACGGGGACACCUCUUGCACCCUAGACAGACACAUGCAAGUCUUUAUACGCCUGAGGAUGCAUCCCACGAUGCAGCAGCAGCAGCGGCUGCUGCUCCUGCUGCUGCUGCUGCUGCUGCCCCUCCUGCUGCUGCUGCUGCUGCUGCUGCUGCUGCAGCAACAGCAGCAGAAGCAGCUGAGGAGAGACAGAAGGGCCAAGAGGAAGAGCAGCAAGAAGCAGCAACUGGAGACAUCAAUACCAGCAGCACAGGUGAGGCCACCAAAGGGGUCCUAGAACGAACAAGCCACAGCAGCAGCAGCAGCAGCAGCAGCAGCAGCAGCAGCGGCAGCAGCAGCAGCGGCAGCAGCAAAAGGAGCAGCAGAGGGGGGGGGUUCGGUGACGGGUUAGUGCAUGCACAUACAUUUCCACAUAUACUGGGCAAGCCGAGCAGCAGCAGCAGCAGCAGCCAGCAGCAGCAGCAGCAGCAGCAGCGGCAGCAGCAGCAGCGGCAGCAGCAAGAGGAGCAGCAGAGGGAGGGGGUUCGGUGA